AUGAUGAUGAUGACAAUGGGGAUCAUGUUAUUGAUAAUGCUCCUGACAGUGGUGAUGAAGUCUGCAGCAGCCUUGGUCCCUGGCCCUAAAGUGGACGUUAAACGUGGAGCUCAGUGGUCUCUGGGCCCCAGGGACACAGAGGUGCCCGGCAACAUCCCCACCAACAUAACAUUCCUGCAGGUGAAGCUGACGCAGAUCCGAGUGAUUCCCAGGGGGGCCCUCACCAGCCUGCAGCGCCUCAGCAAACUUUAUAUAACAGACAACGACGUGCUGGAGAGCAUCAGCGAAUGUGCUUUUGCGAACCUGUCUCAGCUCUCGUACAUUGACGUCUCAGGAAACGGCGCGUUGAGGAGUAUCGGAGCGUUUGCCUUCUCUGAUCUGCCCGAGCUCACUGAAAUAUUCAUAUCAAAGUCCAAACACCUGCGACACAUCGAUCCAGAUACAUUCAAGAACAUAGUGAAACUGCAGCGUCUGACCAUCUCCAACACGGGACUGACAAUUUUCCCAGACCUCGGAAAAAUCCACUCGACAGCCCACGACUUUCUGUUUGAGCUGCAUGAGAACAGCCACAUCAAGGAAGUCCCACCCAAUGCCUUCAGAGGCCUCUGCACUCAAACUAUCAGAGAAAUACGGCUCACCAGAAAUGGCAUCAAGGAGGUGGCAAGUGACGCCUUCGACGGCAUAAAGAUGCACAGAUUGUUCCUCGGGGGCAACCGGCAGCUUACUCACAUCCAUCCCAACGCCUUUGUGGGUUCCAGUGAGUUGGUGGUACUGGAUGUCUCCCACACAACACUCAGUUCCCUGCCCGACUCCAUCCUCGGAGGACUUCGGAAGCUGAUCGCAAAGUCCGCCUUCAAUCUGAAAGAGCUUCCUCCUCUGCAUCUUUUCACCCAACUCUACGAAGCCAAUCUCACGUAUCCAUCACACUGCUGCGCCUUCCAAAACCUCCACAGGAACAGGUCUGGAUGGAACCACAUGUGCUCCCGUCCAGGGGCUGAAGAAAACCAUUUUUUCUACAGAGACUACUGUUCCAACUCCACCUCCUUCAUCUGCAGCCCCACACCGGACGACUUCAACCCCUGUGAAGACAUCAUGUCCAUCGUCCCCCUGAGAGUCCUCAUCUGGAUCAUCUCCAUCCUCGCGCUCCUGGGGAACACGGCGGUGCUCCUCGUCCUGUUAGGCACCCGAGCCAAGCUGACAGUUCCUCGUUUCCUCAUGUGUCACCUGGCUUUCGCAGACCUCUGCAUGGGCAUCUACCUGGUUGUCAUAGCAACCGUGGACAUGCUCACCCGCGGCCGAUACUACAACCACGCCAUCAACUGGCAGGCCGGCCUGGGCUGCAGAGCCGCUGGGUUCUUCACGGUGUUUGCCAGUCAGCUGUCAGUGUUCACACUCACCGCAAUCACCCUGGAGCGUUGGCACACCAUCACACACGCGCUGAGGCUCGAUCGGAAACUCCGUCUUCGACACGCCUGCAUCGUGAUGACGGUAGGAUGGAUCUUCUCCUCCCUGGCUGCUCUGCUGCCCACUGUCGGGGUCAGUAGCUACGGGAAGGUGAGUAUCUGCCUGCCUAUGGAUGUGGAGUCUGUGGUGUCUCAGAUCUAUGUGGUGGCUCUCCUCCUCCUCAACGUCCUGGCCUUCUUCUGUGUUUGCGGCUGCUACCUCAGCAUCUAUCUGACCGUUCGCAACCCGUCGUCGGCGCCGGCCCACACCGACACCCGCGUAGCCAAACGCAUGGCCGUCCUCAUCUUCACAGACUUCCUUUGCAUGGCUCCCAUCUCCUUCUUCGCCAUCUCAGCUGCCCUGAAGCUCCCACUCAUCACCGUCAGUGAUGCCAAGCUUCUGCUGGUCCUCUUCUACCCCAUCAACUCGUGUUCCAACCCUUUCCUCUACGCCUUCUUCACCCGAACCUUCAGGCGGGAUUUCUUCCUCAUGGCAGCUCGUGUUGGUCUGUGUAAGACGAGGGCGCAGAUUUACCGGACGGAGAGUUCUUCAUGUCAGCAGCCGGCGUGGACGUCUCCAAAGAGCAGCCAUGUGAUCCUGUACUCUUUGGCCAAUACACUGAGUCUAGAUGGAAAACAAGACUGCUGACUCACAUCGAAUGGGCAGUGAGAAAGGUUAAGAUUCACGUAUUAACUCCAGGUUGGUGUUGGUGUCAUUAGAUCUUAGGUUCCUCCUUUUCCCUCCUCCUCAGUGCUAUGUUGGCUAACAAACCAAGUGACUAAGGGACUAAGUAGUUUGAGGUGUUUUAGCAAAGGUGGCAAAAGUACAGACUCAGGAGAACUUGGAAAAAAAAGUAGAAGCACUGCUUGGAUGUCUCUUCUGUUGUAAAACUAAAACUGACUUUAAGUAAAGUAGCUUUGAUUAUUAUGCCUGAUGUCAGAUGACAUGUAUUUGUUGAUUUUUAUACAUUAUAAUCAAACAAAAGCUACAAAAUAAGCACAAAAUCACAACUUAUGACACCAAAGCUAGCUGGUUAGCAUGUUCUUUCAGUAGAUAUGUCUGCAGCAUAAUA